AUGCCGCUGGACACGUUAUUUACCAAUCCGAGUCCGGACGUCCCGCGGUCCAAAUCGAUCUUGUCCCGCUUUUCGAAUCCUCUGUCCAAACAUGCGCGAAAUAUGUUCGACCUGGCAAUCGAGCCACUCGAUCCCUUCAAAGUUUACACGGCGGGAGAGACAGUAAAAGGUCACCUCGUCCUGACCGUCACAAAGGGUUUCGAUAUCACACAUCUCGUUGUCGCGCUGCAUGGAUACGCCAAAGUCUUCAAACAUCAAGUCACCACUGGCGAAGGACUUGGGUCUAGCGACUGCGUGGUGAAUGGCAAAGGGACAAGAGGUUUCGAAUAUCACGGCAACGGCUUGGCUUCCCUGUUUCAGGAGGAACAGAUUCUUUGUGGCAGUGGAUUUUUGAAGAAGCAGGUCUACAAAUUCGCCUUUGAACUGCAGUUUCCAUCGAAGAGCAUGCCCAGUACCCUUGAUUUUGAACGCGGGACUGUCGGCUACAUGAUCUCGGCGACCCUGACGCGGCCUGUCACCAUGGUACCAACGCACAAUGUUUUCAAGACGAUAAACUUUAAGGACUCGCUGGAUAUCGAGCCCAUGAACACACCCAAAUCUCGUGUCAUUUCGCUCGAACCCGUGUCGAAACGCGGCAAGGUCAAAAGAGUGAAUCCAGCCACAUCGGUUGGAACCGGUAACACGUCUAGCCGAGGUCGGUUGACGAGACAGGACACACAGAACAGCACUGCUACCAGCAAUACAACAACUGCGCCUUUAAACAAUCCUCCUCUGAGCCCGUCUCCAAGCGACGACACUGUUGCGACCACUCCUACAACAAGCUCGACUAGCUUCCGCCAGGUCGAAUUAGAUUCGCAAAACCGCAAACGUAGCGAUGACACUCGAAGCACAGCUACUUCUUCGUCAGGAUCGGCUGUCACAGCAAUCGCGGAACUACAAAGGCAUGGAGCCUUGCCUGGCGAUUCAAUACCCGUAAGGGUAUCAGUCACUCACACCAAACCCUAUGUGAAAGGCAUAGUCAUUGCUACCCUAUAUCGUGUUGGCCGCAUCGACAUGCAUCCUGCAAUUCCCCUAGCGAACACCGGCAAAGGCAAGCGGUCUGAGUACGAGGACGUAUAUCCAAAGUCGCGCACAGGUCUUGGCGGUCUCUACUUCGCGAGCUCAUCCCCCAGCAGUGUCUUCCGCAAGGACCUAUCUCAAUCGUCCACCAUGAUGGUGAUUGAUCCCACAACUCUGACUGCUGACAUCAAGACUACUAUCAAGGUGCCUGAAAACGCCUUCCCGACCAUUGCUAAUGUACCGGGUGGCAUGAUUCAGUUUACAUAUCAUAUUGAGGUGGUGGUGGAUUUGUUCGGCAAACUGGGCGAGACCAGGUUUCUACCACGCCUGACGUCCGGCGAGCCAACCUUUACCACGGCUCUGGGCAACAGCAAUCAACUGACCCAUGAAUGGUCGAACAGUAUACUCGAUACGACAUCGUUGCGACGCAACAAGAGCGUUGUGACGUUUGAGCUUUCGGUCACGAUCGGAACAAAAGACAGUAGUAGAGGGAAGAAACCCGCGGUUCCUUUAGUUGAGACGCAAGUGUCGAACGACCACCCAUCGCAAGAUGGCUAUGAUGAAGAGUAUUGGAAUGGCAACACCGAUGAGUACUGGUACUAUGAUGAGAAUGGGCAACCUCAAUAUUACGAUCCGUAUUAUUAUGAAGGCUACGAAGGCGACUACGGUUACUGGGACGGACAGCAGUAUCCGCCACAUGGUGAACCCCAGCACCGACCUCCUCCAACCGCGGAAUUCCCACCUCCAGCACCGCAUCAAGAGGGCGAUGAGAAGACGCGCCUACGGCGACAGGAAGAGCUGCUGAUGCCAUCUCAGCCUCCUCAGGAAGGCGAGUCGUCUUCUAGCGAUACUCGAUUGUCGCCGUCGGCCCCCGUUCUGGACGGCGGUGCACGAGACGCCGAGCAGGCUCGAAGCGGCAUCACCACGCCUUCGACCCCAGGACCUCCCGCGUCAGUCGCCUCGGCCAGGUCGGCGGACACUGUUCGUCCCUGGACGGCUUCACCGCCGCCGCCGCCUCCUCCGCCACAUUCAGCUAGUGCAGACAUGCAUGCGACAGAGGACAAACAGGAGCUGGAAAGGAGACGUAUUAUGGCUCAAGCCAGCGCGCCACCACAGGUUGAAGCUGGUGAGGGUAGUAGCAGUCGACCGGUCCCUGCGCCAAUGGCGCCUUCCGCACCAGUUCUCCCUGAUGACGGCUACAUCCAUGUCGACGGCCAUGAUCAAGAGCACGAAUUGCCAGAGUACCAGCGUUGA